AGGGCGCGCGGGGAGCGUACUGCGCAGGCGCGGCAGGGCGCUCGUUAGCAUCAUGGCGUCCCGAGAUCUUAUCGGGCCGGCGUUGCCCCCGAAUUUAGCCGUUGCCACCGGCGCCGCGGUCGACUCCGGGUCGGUUGCAGGACCGGCACUGCCUCCUGACUACGAGGAAAACUCUAAAUACUUUGAUAAUGGGGAGAAAUAUGUCUCUGCUCAGAUGCCCAAAGAAGCAGAUUUGGAUUCUGAAGAGGAUAAAGAUUCAAGUCCAGUUCCAAGACCUAUUAUAGGUCCAGCUUUACCACCAGGCUUUAAGAAAUCGUCAGAAGAGGCUGAAGAAAAACGAUCUUACCAAAGCCAGGCAAGCGAUAGCAGCGAGGAAGAGGAAGAUACAUUUGGCCCUCUGCCGGCCAUGGGAUCAGUGGAAUCCAAUCCAGGUGCUGAGAUCGAGGAUCGGGCUCGGAGAAUGAAAGAGAGGCUUCUGGGACACGAUGAUGAUGGGUCCAAAGAAACCAAGAGAGAGUCUUGGAUGAUCGAUCUUCCUCCGGAACUCAAAGCUUUUGGCCUCGGGCCACGAACGUUCAAAAGGCGAGCCAACUAUGAUUCCGGAGACCGAUCCAUUUGGACAGAUACUCCGGCCGACAGAGAAAAGAAAGCUAAGGAACAACAGCAGGAAGCAAAAAAGCCCGUCUCUAAGGACAGCGGAGAAAGUUGUUUCUCCGAGAGAGACAGACGGCUGGCUGAGCAGUUAUCCUCAUACAAUGACACUGAGCGAUCUGAAUCUCUGCUGGACAUCCACCGGAAGAAGCUGAAGAGUAAAACUGCUGGGGAGAAGAACAAACCCCAGGAGAGAAGACCCUUUGACCGUGAUCACGACCUCCAAGUCCAUCAGAUUGACGAAGCCCGAAAGAAAGCCAUCAUAAAACAGUCCAGAGACUUGAACACCAGGUUUUCCCACGGCAAAUGCAAUACAUUUUUAUAAUCGGAUGCCUACCGAAAUAGCAAGCGUGCUCAAUAAAAACAUUUUCUGUGUCCACACAACACGCACGUGAAAAAUAAUGUUCCUUUAAACGGGAGCCAAAUUGUUGCACGGAUGACAGAAUUUUGGUUGCAUGAGUCCAGCUGUUGAGGGCAGGGGAGAACCUAGCAGUAGAAUUUGCCCCCCAAAGGACUUCUGCACAAACAGAGAAAUAAUAAUUGCCAUACUUCUGGUGAUUUUCACGGCAUAGUUUCCUUCCCCAAGAAUGGCGAAAGGCUGAGUGGUCACCCUUUCCUGGGGAGAUUUCUUUUACAUUUUUCUGAAAACGAAGAAGCCCAUUUGAAAUAUUUAAGUUUCAAAUAACCCAUAGGUGUGUGCAUUUCUUCAGCUUGGAUCAUUUUGGGAUUUCAAAUAUCAGAAUGCUAGGCGUGUAACUUGGCCUUUAGAGUCGAGGAGGGGAGAGAGAGAAAAUCGGAUGGCUGCUGCAAACAGCUUGGGAUCCGAUCGUAAUUAUCACCGCCGGAAAGAUGAUUUAACUUUACCCGUGCAUUUGACGCGGCGAUGAAUAAAGCAUAACCAUCUCCAUUAAAAUUGUCCCAAACCGUCUUUUUUUCCUGCCCCAUUCUCUCUCUGCUGCUUUUUCCAAAUUGAUGGACAGGAGCCGUCGAUAAACUGAAUUGCGAUUCAUUAAAAAAGGUUUCGGCUCCUAAGAUUCCUCUGAAAUCUCUGGUGGAAUAGAUUUAUUAUUUAAUUUAUUUCUAAAAGCAUACCCUGUUGCAGAUCGUCUUGAAGCAGCUUACAAUGAAAACUGCACCGGCAUCCGUAAUAAAUAAUAUAUUAAAUGAAGUAAAACAUUAAACCCCAAGCAUAAUUAAUUAAAAAGGGGAACAGACGGAAUGGGCAGGUAUUCCUCCCAUAUCCUUAGCAGGAAGUCCUAGGUGAAAAGAGAGAAUGGAUGAAGUAGCAAAAAUUGAUCCAUCGGCUUUGAUGAUAGUAGCCAAAUAGCCGGGGACUAGGAAAAGUAGACACAAUAUACGUGGAUUUUAACCCCUGGAACUUAGUCCUGUAUCGGCUGUUAUCUUGGCUGAACCGUCCUGCCAAAUCUGUGUAUGGCUUCAUGCUUGUCUACAAUAAAGAUCUCAAGUCUUG